AUGGAGAAUCCUUUCUUCUUGAGCGACCCUGCGAACAGGGCGCCUUCUUUGGUACCUGCUCCUGAGAGAUGCGCGUUGAGACUGUCGAGAGGCGGUGGGGAGUGCUCCCCUGGGGACAGGUUCCUGCCUCCGCUGGACAGGACCACGUUCCUGGUCCCACGGGAGCUGACCGCGACCCAAAAACUCCACAUUCUCUUGAGCCGCCUGGUCCUUGGGGCCACUGAAGCCUUUUAUCUGCUGGUGAACAACAGGAGCCUGGUCAGCAUGAGUGUGACCAUGGCAGAAGUCUACAGGGACUACAGGGACGAGGACGGCUUCGUGUACGUGACCUACGCCUCCCAGGAGAUGUUCGGCUGCUCGGGGUCAGGGCGGACCCCGCCAUCCUCUCCAGGGCGAGUCAAGAACCCGUCCUCUGAUGCGUGGAGGGACGGCCCGCCUCCCGGGUGUGAGUGGCGGGCGGCCCAGUGAGCAGGGCUGCCCCGAAGCGAUGGGCCCCCAGCGCCACAGGAAGGCCUG